AUGUUCAAGGAUCAAAUCGGUUGUAAGGUGGAAGUAUACAUCGAUGAUCUGCUCGUCAAAAGCAAGGAGCCCAAGGGGCAUCUCGACGAUCUACAAGAGGCCUUUGCGGUCCUCAAGAAGUACAGGAUGGAACUCAAUCCAACAAAGUACACUUUCGGGGUAGAGUCGGGAAAGUUUCUCAGAUUCAAGAAAGGAGGUGCAGGAGUACAUAUGAUCCCCGACGAAGGCUGUGAGACCUACUACCUGAUAAUGCUCGAGUUCAAAACUACCAACAAUGAAGCAGAAUAUGAGGCUUUACUAGUAGGUCUUGCCAUCUUGAGGACCCUGGGUGUGACAAAUGUGAAGGUGAUGGCAGACUCCAAGGUUGUUGUGAAUCAGGUGAAAGGGAAAUAUGUGGCGAAGAUCGAAAGACUCCAUCUCUAUCUGCAACAGGUGUGGAAAGAGUGCGACCAUUUAAGGCUUUGCCAUCGAGUGAAUCCCCUGAAAGGACAUGCGCUAACUAUAUGCGACCACGAUUGA